CCAAACUCAUUCAGUUGAGCAGUUUUUCCUACCAAAAGCUAGCAUACCAGGUCUUCUGCUCUCUUCUUUUUGCACAGAGAGAAGAAGAUUCAGGAAGAAGCCAUGGCUACAGAUGAUUUCAGCUUCCCAACAAUUGCAGAGCCUGUUCCUCGCUUCAUGGGGUCUCCAUCUCUGUGGAAGGCUAGCUCUAGAGUUUUGCCUGAGCCUUGUCUUGGGGAUAGCGGAGGAGGAGGAGGAGAUAGAGAAGAAGCAGAAGAUUGCACUGGUCUCAAACAAGAUGAGCAUUGCAGAAGAAAGAGUUUCUCAUCAAUUGAAAGCGUUGUGAGGAGAGCAGACGCUGGUUAUCUCAGUGAAGAUGAUGAGGAGAGGAUGGACAUGUUGUGGGAAGACUUCAAUGAUGAACUGAAACGAAUUUCUUCCAUGGGAAAGACUGAAGCAAAGAGUAGGUUAUCCAAAUUUGCUGGGUCAUCAGAAUCAGACUCGGAUGCACAGGGAGAGAUGGUGGAGAUGUACUGUGUUCAGGCCCCGAAGAUGUCCAAGACAAGCAAUGCUAUUCUCUCUUCUAGGAGAUCAAGCUUGUUGGUGUUAAUGAAGGUCUUCAGAAAGAUGUUCUUGCUUCACAAUCAUCGCCCCAAGGGAAGAACACCAUGAUUAAUUGCAUUUUCCUGGUGCUUGCCUUCAAUUCAAGCUUCAUGGUUGGGCAGAAUUAAGUGCAAAUUAAGCAGCUUAAUUCAGUCAAGGUUUUUUUCAGAGAAAAUGGUAAUGGUUAGCAUGAAUGUGUAUAUGCAUACAGCCAUAUUUACUGUGUAUAAUAUAUAGGAGAAAUUUGGAGAGGUUAAUUGUUGCUUAAUUGGUAUCUGAGACAUGAAUCUUUUUCUUUUUGCUUCUUGAUGAGUGGAUUGAGAACUAUAUAUAGUGUGAGUUGACUCAAUAUAGUCAAUUAAUUAAGAGAUAAUCUUGUUCAAGAUGUAUAGGAGGGAGAAGGGUAUCUCCAUCUAAUUGCAGAGAACAUUUGCUUGAUUUUUCUAUUAAUUUCUUCAGAAAUAUAUUAUUGUUAGUCAUGAAGUUUACCA